AUGGAGGAGUACGCGCGAGAACCUUGCCCCUGGCGAAUUGUGGAUGACUGUGGUGGAGCUUUUACCAUGGGCACCAUAGGUGGUGGUAUCUAUCAAGCAAUCAAAGGGUUUUGGAAUUCUCCAGUGGGAGUCAGCCACAGACUACGAGGAAGUUUGACAGCUAUUAAAACCAGGGCUCCACAGUUGGGAGGCAGCUUUGCAGUUUGGGGUGGUCUGUUUUCCAUGAUUGACUGUAGUAUGGUUCAAGUCAGAGGGAAAGAAGAUCCCUGGAACUCCAUCACAAGCGGUGCCUUAAUAGGAGCCAUACUGGCAGCAAGAAAUGGACCAAGACAUCGAGAGUCUGAGAUAAAUCUGCAGUGUCAACUUCACCAAGAUCAUCAGCAGCAAAGUUUAUUUGCCACAUAG